CUGGUCGAGAGGACGCCCUUUGAUCUCCUUCGUCUUCUUCAGGAUCUUCCGGAGUCAAGAGAGGACAGCUAGAUCGAGAUCAUUCGUGACCUCGGUAGAAGAUGGCUGCGCCACAGGCGUCGUCGAGACUCGAGAUGCUGCAGGCUCGCUUCCAGCAGAAGCAACUCCAGGAGAAGGAGCAGAAAUUGCUGCAGCUCUACGACCAGCAACAGCUAAGGGCUCACCAGGUCGCCCAGCGAGGCAGCGCCGGUUCCACCGGAUCCAGCAACGGCUCCAUGGUGAGCCACCAAACCAUCACCAGAACCACGACCUCCCACUCGACCUCGACCUCGCAGGGAGGAAAAGUUCGGCAAAUGUUCGACGAGAGGCGACAGACCACCGUGAAAGGGAUCGACAGAAGCUACCCCUUGGAGCCGCUUGACAAGUCGAGGAAGCACCCCAUAGACAAUGGGGUAACAUCCUCCAGGACCAAUCCGCUCGUCAAUCGGCACUCGGUGACUGUAAAAAAAUUGGUUAGGGCUGAUGUUAACAGUAACGUCAAUGGAGGGAAGCCUGUGGUGUCUUACCACGAAGAGAUGACCACGUCCUUCGACGAUGGGACCGAGUUUGGCGACGAAAACCAUGAUGAUGGGCUCAUCAAUGGUCAUCGCAACUCGAUUCGCAGCGAGGUGCAGGUCGAGGAGGUAAUCGACGACGACACCAUUGAGAGGAACAGGAUGAUGGCGAAGAUCCACCUCAUGGGGUUCGACAGAACCCUGAAACACCGCGUUGGCAAUAAUUUGGAGAACGAGCAGUUCCCGGAGGACCCCAUGCUGGACUUUCCGGACAAGCCGAAGAGGACCAUCGGGAAGAAGUUGUCUCAAGCCGAGGCGAGAUUGGAGAGAUUCAAGAACGCCAAUUCCAGGAGGACCAUCGCGAACAGGACGACCUCCACCUCGAGGAAGCCUGCCGACUCUUCGGGGUCGACUUCGAGAGUUCGCUCCUCGAGGACGAGGACGCUGCAGGAGUCGCAGGGAAGGGGUCUCAAAUCUGAAGAAAAGUCCACAGGAUGUCGAACGAAGCCGAUCCGGAAAGGGAAAAGGGAUGCCACGGAGUCUGAGGAAAAAUUUCCGAAGCUGGAGGCUUACCUUGGAACUGUUAAAAAUUCGAAAAGUGAUUUCGAAAUCGUGCAGGUCGCCGAGAAAGGGUACUCGGAGGAGGAAGUCGCUCUUAAGCGAAUCCGCAAAGGGUCGAGGGAGAACUCGAACGUCGAGAUCGAACGCCGAAUCGAAAUCGCCAGGUCGGAUCGAUCGGGCCCCGAAGAGGCAAAGCAUGAAAUUAAAAUGGAAAACGUAGCCAAGGCCGGUGAAGAUAAAACUAGACGCGAAGUAAAAUCGUAUAAGAGUCAAAGAGUUCCUGUUGAUAAAAGAGUCGCUGAGCCAAGAAAAUCGAGGUCUCCGGCAACGCCGAGGAAACCUUCCGAGAAGACAAUAGGAGACAUUUCGAAAAUCCAAGAUUCAAUCGUGGUUGACGACUCACGGCGCGUGCGCGAGGCUUCAAAAAGGACCGCGGAAUUCGUGAACAAGGAAAUCGAAAUAAAAUCCGUAGAACCUGUAGGAGCUUCAAAAGUCAAAGAUCCUUCGAGAUUAUUGAAAGGCAGUAAAUCCUCAAGGUCCGUAUCGCCGGUAAAAAAAUCGCCAAUUAAGAAAAGUCAAUUUUUGAAAACAUCCGGCGAUGGUCUUGAAGGUUUGGCUUUAAGAAAUUCCAGGUCGGAAAGUCCCCUUUCCGUGGAAACUGAUACGGAUCGAUCGGAAAUCGUGCUCAUAGAUCACAGCAAGGAGCCAGAGAGUUCCUCCAGGUCGGGAAACCCGAAAAACUUCGCUCGGAAUUUUCCGAAAGCUCGGAAAAGAACCAAUCUGCCCAUGGAUAUUUCGCCGGGUAACGAGGAAAAAUUACGGAAGUCUGAGAGGAUCGUCGAAGAAGGAAGUUCGGAAAAAUUAGCCGGAGAUCGAAUCCCGAGCGGAAGCUCGACUUUGGAGAGAAACUCGCCGGACCGAAAUACCUGCGAGAAGGAUGGUCGGAAAAGUUCCGAAAGCUCAUGGACGAGUCGACUCUUUCGUCAGACCGAAAGCUCGAUUUUGAAGUCGCGAGAUCGAGUCGAUAGGACGCAUUCUCCGGAUAAAAAAGCUCUCUCAAGUCCUGGAGGCGAUCGAGUUUCCAAAGAUGAAGAGACCUCAAAAAGUGCGAACCUCAAGACAAAGGAGACCGACCGAGAAUGUCUGAAAUCGACGGAUUUGGUCCGUAAAAUGAUGAAGGUUCGCCAAGACCAAAUCCUUGGAUCAACGACACGCAAGGACGAGGACGUUCCCGAUCGCGCGAUAAAUUUGGAAAAAAUCGACCUCUCGCAAAUUUCCAGGACGGAUUCUUCCAUGAAAAAAAUUGCUCCAUUGAUCUCGCCACAAGACUCGGCGGCUAAAUUUUCGAAAUCGGAACACGAGGGGGCUGACAUUCUCGAAAAAAAGUCCGACCGAGGUCGAGGUUCCGGGAAGAUGGAGAUCCCCGAGAAGCAGAAAAUCAUCCAAGAUAAAAGCAAGGAGAUAAGACAUAAAAAAUCCGUUUCUCGGGUGGAAAAACCGAAACUAGGUCGAGCCGAGGGAUCGAUCCUAGAGAGACAAAAGAGACCUGACCUCGGUAGGUCUGAAAAAAGGGCCCCUCGAAAAGCGAAAAAAUCGACUCCCUCAAAACCGAUGAAAAUUUCUGAAAGCCGAACGUCGACCACCACGUCGAAAAUGACACAUUCAAAAACGACAGCAGAGAGACUCUCUCCGAUUUCCAGACCUCAAGAAACGAGGUCAUCCGAGUGCAAGGAUCAUUAUAGCAGAACUGACUCCGUAGAAUCGGCUUUGCGACGUUUCGAUUCGAUCGGAGGCGACACGGAUCACCGGGAGUCUCCAGAGCACGAAAUUUCUGAAUUCUCUCCAGAAUUCGCAAAAAUUCAAAGGAGGUCUGAAAAAAUUACGGAAUUUCUUAAAAUAGAGACGCGAGAUGUCGACGAAAGUCGGUCGGGAUAUUUCGAAAAUUGUCAGACAGCCUCAGUGCGCGAACGAGCAGCAGCGAUCGAGGCUUUGCAAGCGGCGGAGAAAAGCCCAAGCGUCCUUUUUUCAUCCCUGAAAGGGGCGUCCAGCAGGGAGCGAAGUCGAAAUAAAAUCGACCUCCACAGUCUGGAAGCUUUCGAGGUCAGGAAAUCGACGUUCAGGCCGGAGAAAAGGGGGGUGCUGAAAGCUCGAGACUCGAUAGAGCCGAUUCACUCGUCGUCCAGGACACCAUCACCAGCCUGCAAGCGCAAGCUCUUCGAGGAUACAGAAUCUAGCCCGGAAGUCGAGCUUGCAAGUCCCAGAACGAUUGACCUUUCCCCCCAAAAAUCUGCCAGGAGAUCCUUAGAGACCAGCCUAGACUUCCCAGAGCGAAAAGCUGUCCUACCGGAAAACGUUUCUGAAAUAACCUCCGACCUCGUGGAAUCAAAGACGAAGCUUGCAAGACCCGUCACGCCUUUGCGGUCCAUCGAGGUCAUUCGGAAAUCGAUCGAGAUUCCUAAGAUCAGACAAUUGGGAAAUCCGGCUUCCAGGAUCGUCGGGACAAGAAAAGCGAGGUCGGAAAGCUCGGAGCCUCCUGUGUCGUCCUUAAUCGCAGGGGGGAAGUCCUUGCAGAGGGCAAGGAUCACCGCGAAACGCAAACAGACGGAAACGGAGGAUAUUUCGGGAGGCACGCGAUCUUUCGACGUCGAUAAACCUCGUCGAGAACAUCCGGAGGUCGAUGUGAGGUAUCGAACUUUUAGUAAACGCACCGCGCCCCUUCUUAGGCUGAACAAAAGUCCAAGUCCCGAUCCGGCAGCGAGGAAGGAGAUGAAAAAUUCGACAUCCACGAGGAGGAGCACCCCGACCUCGCCCCCGAAGAGUCCAGAUGCCAACAACCGUGCUUCCAUGGACCUCAGGAACGAGCCGACAACGAGCAGGAGGUCGCCGCCAAAUAUCCCUCGAAAUCGGGAAAACAGAAGGCCAGCCUUGGAGACAUCGAAAUCGACAGACGUCGUCGAUGGUCCGGAUCUUCAAAAUGACUCCUGCAUACCGGAAAGGUCGAAUUCUCAGGUCCAACGUGAAGAGGACGACUCGAACUCCAGGAAGAGGGGCGACGCCUUCGUGGUAGAAUUCGACGAUCUUGAAAAAAAGUCGAGGGAGAACGAAGCUCCUAAGAAGCCGGCUCCCAAGAAGAGGAGUCAAGAGAAGAGCGCUACGUUGCAGAAACAAGCGUCUCCGCCGACGACGACUCCUCGACCUCUCUCGUCGCUCUCCAACUCCUCGAGUACCGGUUCAUCCCGAAGCCCAGGUUCAGUUGGAGCAAAGGGAAGAAUGGCCACAAAAGCGAGACAUCCGGCAGCUGCAGCUGGAUCCAGAGGACCUCCAACAGGCAGGAGUGGUCCAGGAGCGGUCAGCAACGACACCCUGGUGCCAUGCAAGGUCUGCGGUCGACGUUUUGCACAGGACAGAGUAGGACUCCACGAGCAGAUCUGCUCGAAAACUGGCCAGAAGAAGAGGAAGCAAUUCGACGCGAUGAUGUUCCGCGUGAAAGGAACCGAGCUGGAGCCGUUCGUGAAGAAGAGUACCCUGAAGAAGCCAGAGCCGAAAUCAAAAAAAUCGGACCCGAAGUCCAAUUGGCGGCGGAAACACGAGGAUUUCAUCAACGCCAUCAGGUCGGCCAAGCAGGUGCAGGCCCACUUGGCAGCAGGUGGAAAGCUCAGCGAUCUGCCUCCACCUCCUGCCAGCGACACCAGCGACUACAUACAAUGUCCACAUUGUGGCAGGAAAUUCAACCAGGGUGCAGCUGAACGUCACAUUCCGAAAUGCCAACACAUGCUCCACAACAAGCCAAAUCCUCGAGCCCCUCCCAAGCCCAAGCGCUAGAUCGUCUCCUUCGAAGAAUCGACCUCGUGUACUCCUCCCUGAAAAUUUGUUAACAUGUUUGUUGUCAAAUCCCUUCCCAGCGAAGUCUAUUGUCUAGCCUCUUAAUAUUUACGCUAUACUCUUGUUAAAUUAUACGUCAUAUACGAGAUGUGCCUCUCGUGUAUUCAUUCGAACAGCUGGAGUAUUUGACAGAUACGGGAGACCACGUGGUCGACCACGUGGUUGAUCACGUGAUCCAUCACAUGACCGAUCACGUGGUUGAACAUAUGACCGAAAUAUGAGAAAUACAAACAAGGUUAUGGCGGAAAAAGAAAGUAACCUCAAAGCUAAUCAUUAGGAUACAUGACAUGAAUUUCUUUUAGAUAUCACUUCGGAGUCCCUUAAUUCGAUAUCGAACUUCUUAGUGAUUAAUGAAUUAAUUCUCGCUGGGGAUUUAUAAUUGCCGAUUCCUAUUAUAUGUGAUCUUCUGACUAAGCUUGUACUCCGUUAAGUUUCGCCCCGCGUGGAAUUUCUCCACGGAUUAUGAUCGCGAUUAUAAUCUCAAAUAAUGCUAGUAAUACAAAGGGUAUAACGAGUUAUUCCAAUAGGUACGUCUAGAAAAAGUACCGAGUAAGUCUCGUUCUCUUUUUUUCUAAUCAUGAUGCAUAUGUCUAGUCUGCUUGGGGCCUGACGGACCGGAUCGAAAUUUGGGGAAAUAUUUGUAACCGCCGAAUUCCAGUAUAGCCAUUAAUAUGCACGCGUACUUACAUAGCUAUCUCGUUUAUAAAGAAAUAAAUUAAUA